AUCGCCUCUUCUGAAAGAAACGCCCUCCCUCUCAAUUGCUCUUUAUUUUUAUUUUUUUUAUUUGUUUAGGUGACCGUUAAAUAUGGCGAAUAAAAAUUUGUUUUGCAGAAUCUUUUUAAUUUUUACGUUUUUUUAUAUGUUUGUUUAUUUUGUUCUUUGCCAGAACGACACUCGUUUUAUGAGCUACAAAAGAUUAAGACAAAAGUUAUUAAGUAAUUACAAUAAAAAUAUAAGACCUGUUCAAUCUGGUGGAAACAUGACAGUAAUCAAUAUUACUCUGGCCGUUCUCCAUAGUUUCGAUUUAAUCGAAGAGAACGAAACUCUUGUUUUAGAUGGAUUUAUUCGAUUGAAAUGGUUAGAUUCUCGGUGGAAAUGGAAUCCAAGCGAGUUUGGAGGAAUCGAUUUCUUUUCUAUGGGAGUAGAUGAAGUUUGGUUACCGGACAUUUCUGUAUACGAAAGUAUUCCGGCCGAGAAGGUAAGAAGUUUAUUGAUGACAAGACCCAUGCUCUAUCCAUCUGGAAAAGUAACCUGGUCACCUAGAGUCAUUUAUCAAUCUCAUUGUCCAUUGACAUUCGAUAAUUAUCCAGAUACCAUUCAAGUGUGCAACAUCACUUUUGGUUCUUGGACUCAGGACGGAAUCAGUGUCGAUUUAAAGAUAGAAUAUCCUUACAUAUAUACUAAUGUAAUGGCAAAAAAUCACAAAUGGCGCUUUUUAAACUAUUCGUCCUCCAGAUUAAUCAAGUACAGAAACAUGAUGCCCAAUCCCUUUGUAAACGUCGUGUACUCUCUACAGUUUCAAAGGUUACCGUCGGGAUUUCAAAAGAUCGUGAAACCUUCCAUAAUUAUUGCCAUGGUGUCGAUGUUACUCAUGUUCUGGUUGCCCCCGUCGGCAGAUAAGAAAUUAACUUUAGGGACGGUUUCUUUAUUUAUAUUAAUGAUUCUCCUGCUUUAUGUUUCUGCAUUGAAAAUGCCACCUUUGGCUUUCAACUUUUAUGUUUCUCCAGUCCGCUCUGUUAUCUACAUCGUUGUGUCGGCCAUUCUCUCGGAAAUCCUCGUACUGAUCGUCACGAAAUUAACCAUUCGACCACCAGAAAUAAUCACCAAUCUUCUACGCGGAUCUUUAUCCAAAAUAUUAUUUUUGUAUUCGGAAGAGACGAAUAAAAAAGAAGAGAAAGGUUACCAGGAAGUAUGGCAGAGAGUAGCCAUGGCGGCUGACAGAUUUCUCUUUAUGCUCUUUAUUGUAAUUAUUGUUAUAAACGAGUUGAUUUAAAUGACUAUUUGAAUUUAAUAUUUCACUCUUUAAACUUCUGUUACGUAAUUGAAUGGAAUAAAAAUUAAAUUUUAUUCGCGAUUUUACCUUUGGUUUUAACUUAAAAUCAAUUUGCACCAUAAAUAAAGUCUUUAUUAAAUAAUUAUUUAAUUACAAAAUAUUUAUCGAAGAUUAAUGUAAUUAUUUACUUUCGAAAAAAAAAUGUAAAAGUUUUGUGAAUAAUUUAUCAUGGAUUUUUGUUAAUUCAUUUAAGAAAUAUGUAUAAAGGAGACGAGUAAAGUUGAUAAAUCUCAGAAUUUUUAUUAGGAAUUAUAAUCAUUUUGUGUGUAGCCUAAAUAUAUGUUACUUAUGUAAUUAAAUACAGCGGAAAAUAUAUUAAUUUCGAAGAUAAUUAAAGAUAUAUUAAUAGCUUAAUUCUGGUUUAAAUUGCCAAUCGCUGUAAUUCUGUUAGAGUCAGUAGGAGUGAUGCAAUUGUAGUGUGAGGUGUAUAUUACGACAUAUUCCGAGAAAUAUUCCUGGAAAGAGAAAAAUAAGUAUUUUGUUUUGGUGUAAAUAAAUAUUUUACCUGGUGCAUACAAAAGUAUACAUUUACUACGUAUAUAAAAGCAAAAUUCGAUGAAAAUAGUCUUGUAUAACUCAUUUGACUGUGACUGAAUCGCCACAUAUUCGUAGAGGUCGAUAAAUGUCUGUACACAAAUUAGAAGAGACGGCUCACGUGGUGAUACGUGGGAUUUGGUCACACCUAUUUCGUAAACAAACAAUUUAUUUACACUUUAAAAUUUAUGGCUUCUAUACUGGAAUUACUAUAAUAUAUUUUUAUCAACUUGUUUUCAUUACUUGUAAUAAGUGAAUAUUAUUAUAAGAGAAGAUAACAGAGAUUCCGUAUUAUCCUAAGCUAACCUGUAACUAAAUACAAUACUUUUCUUAUAGAGUAAUUCAUAAAAGAAAGUUUAAAAUGUUUAAACGUAUUAAAAAAUUAUUUGUUUCUGUUACUUUUUAACAUUUAACUUCGACGUGAGGAAUU